UAACAUUCUGGGCAAUCAUAGAGAUAUUAUUUUCGAUUUACAACACCAUAAUAGUAGCAAUUUUAUCCAGUAGAGCCCACAACGUGGCCCAAGCAGAUCUCGAUAUCCUGCGGAAACAGUUUAGUCACAUCCUUCACCUUCAUACGGACACAACAUCCGGCAAGCCCAUCGUAUCUCCCGAACCCUUUCUAUCACCACUUUCGUACCCUCCACCUUCUGGGGUUCUGGGACAUGCAACAAAACUAGAAGAAGAAGACAUCCCCUUCCUUGAGCGCGCUGACCCUCGGGCAAUUGACUUCCGGAACAGCCUUCGAACGUGGUUCAACAAGCAUCCAUGGUCGAGCAUAUCUCGAAAGAGUAUGCGAUCGUGGCUUGGUUGGUCUAUGUUUACGGCACACUAUGAGACGCUGUCCGAAGGUCAGAAGGUUCACAUCGAAAGCAUCAUAAAAAUGAUAGAGAAAAGAGCUGGUGCUGAGAUAUCCGAACAUCCACCUCAUGGAACACCCCAUUUGACGCCUUUGAGGAUCUCUCUUGACCCACUCAACGUGGAAAACCGGCCCGCUAUCGUGUAUGCUGUUGUCAAUCUGGCAGGUUUCGGUGCCCUUAGGUGGUACGAGUGGAGACACGGCGUGCAGUACGGCACCAUCGGGGGACUUGAUUAUCUCAUUCGCAUUCCUUCCGGGCCAUUGGAUAUGCCUCGAGGCGACGAAGAUAGAACACCUAUCCUAUUCUUGCAUGGCGUUGGCGUUGGUCUCGUCCAACACCUCGUCUUCAUCAACAACAUCUUAAGCGACACGACUCUCGCAAACCGCAUCGUCUUGAUACCCAUUCAGCCACAUAUCAGUCAGACAAUUUUCCAUCCUAAUCAUAUCCACCCUCCAAGGAAGGAUGAAAUAUUGAGAGACCUUCGUUUACUCAUAUAUAUGGCGUGUAGCAUCGCUGGAUUUGAAAACCGACCACAGGUUACUGUGUUAAGUCAUUCAAAUGGGACUUCGCUGCAUGCUUGGCUGUUGAAGAGUAAUCCUGAACUCAUUUUCCGCUCAUGUUUUGUUGACCCAGUCAUCUUCUGUUUGUGGGAAGGAGGUAUUCUUUUCCUGGGCGUCCUGACAUAUUUGGCUCAAUCCAAAACUGACGUAAUAUAUAUGUCAUUAGAUGUGUGCUAUAAUUUUGUGUACAAAGCUCCCAGUAAUGGUGUUGAGGCGUUAUCGAAGUAUUUCGUUGCAUCGGAAAUGGGAAUAGCGAAUUAUAUCCAGCGCAACUGGGAUUGGUCGGCGAACACCUUAUUCUUUCAAGAGAUUCCACAUCCCCACGACGCAUAUCGUACUCGAAUUUUUCUCAGUGGUCGAGAUCAAAUUGUGUCUGCCAAGCGAGUGCGAAGGUACUUUGCUUUUCACGGUCUUACCGACGUCGACUCGAAGACCGUUUUCGUUCAUGAAGGAGCAACGCAUGCGGAGGCAAUGUUCCUUGGUGGUGCAGGGCUGAGGUUUAUUGUGAAUUGGCUCAAAGCGACUGGAAUAGGUUCAUUGAGUGGAAUGGAGGACUUUCAGGACGAGAAGGUUGGUAGGAGUACGUAUCCAGUAAGGCUAGAUGACGAGAGACAAUAUUCUUGAAGCUGUGAAUAUCAUGUGGUUCAAUAGGAUGUGCUGCGGGUGGGUAUAUCCAUUAUGUAACGUUGGAGCUGCAGCACCUGGAACAUCCUUGGUACAAAUAAUACAGGGAUGCAUGGUGGGGGGGUUCAUAUAUAUAUCGUGACGACUGCUUGUGUAUCGUUAUCGUGCUGGAGAUCGUUCGCGGCCCAGUCCUCCGGCCGGCAAGAAAUUGGCCGAAAAUUGUUG